CCCGUUGGCUCAGCGGGACCCGGAAGUGACGCCACACACUAAGCCCCCGCUUGUAUGUUCCGCUGUGCAUCGGCUCGGCUAAGCUGAACAGGAGCACUUCUAACGUUUGACUGUUUUCCUCCAGCAGAAGUCGAGCGUUUUCCCGUGUCGUUCUGUGUCUCUCGUUUCUCUCAGCUCGUCCCCAUUUCUGGUUUCCUCAUGAGUGACGGGGAGUGCGACUUUUUCUGCUUCUUCCGCUGCUGCUGAGUUCGGCACAGCCCCCCUGGGAUAAGCGAUCCAGUCUGGGGCAGACAGCGGCAGCAUCGAGGGCCGCUUGUUGGUGGAGAGCGGCGUUUGAGUCGGCGCACGGAUAAGCCCCGAGGGCUAUGUCUGUGGACAUGAGCAGCCAAGCGUCCGACAGUAACGAGGAAGAUUUUGAAGAGGAGGAGAAUGAGGGCGCCGAGGAAGAAGAUCAGGGUGAUAUGACUUAUUAUUAUGAAGGCGUGGCUGGCGACGUCGAGCAAGCGGAACCUGACGCUUUCGACCCAGAAGAAUACCAGUUCACGUGUCUGAGCUAUAGAGAAAGCCAGAGACUGCUGACUGAGGAGGUCAACCAUGUGUCUUCAUCCCUUAAGGUGUCACCAGCUGUAGCCAAACUGGUCCUUGUACAUUUCCACUGGCAAGUGUCACAAAUAAUAGACAGGUACAAGUCCAACUCUUCGCAGUUGCUUUGUGAGGCCCAGGUUCAGCCCAUAACCACCUGCCGAUCUCUCACUGCCGUGGCGUCUUUGCAGUGCGGUGUGUGUCUGCAGUUUGUACGGAGAGAUGCACUGCUAUCUCUACCGUGUCAGCACUCCUUCUGCAAGUCCUGCUGGGAGCAGCACUGCACCGUGCUGGUCAAAGAUGGCAUAGGAGUGGGAAUCUCGUGCAUGGCUCAGGACUGUUCUCUUCAGAUGCCAGAGGAUUUCGUCCUGCCACUGCUGCCCAGUGAAGAACUAAAGGACAAAUACAGACGCUACCUCUUCAGGGACUACGUGGAGAGUCAUUUCCAGCUGCAGUUGUGUCCUGGUGCAGACUGUCCAAUAGUCAUAAAGGUGCAAGAGCCUCGAGCUCGCAGAGUUCAGUGCAGUCGUUGUGAUGAAGUCUUCUGUUUUAAGUGCAGACAGAUGUACCACGCCCCCACAGACUGCGCUACAAUCCGCAAAUGGCUAACCAAAUGCGCAGACGAUUCAGAGACGGCCAACUACAUCAGUGCACACACUAAAGACUGUCCUAAGUGCAAUAUCUGCAUUGAGAAAAACGGAGGCUGCAACCACAUGCAAUGCUCCAAAUGUAAACACGAUUUCUGCUGGAUGUGUUUGGGAGAUUGGAAGACUCACGGCAGCGAGUAUUACGAGUGCAGCCGCUACAAAGAGAAUCCCGACAUCGUGAACCAGAGCCAACAGGCGCAGGCUAGAGAGGCCCUGAAAAAAUACCUCUUCUACUUUGAGAGGUGGGAGAACCACAAUAAGAGUUUGCAGCUGGAGGCUCAGACGUAUCAACGCAUUCAGGAGAAAAUUCACGAGAGGGUCAUGAAUAACCUGGGUACCUGGAUCGACUGGCAGUACAUGCAAAAUGCUGCCAAGCUACUGGCCAAGUGUCGCUACACACUGCAGUAUACCUACCCCUACGCCUACUACAUGGAGUCUGGACCUCGCAAAAAACUGUUUGAGUACCAGCAGGCGCAGCUGGAAGCGGAGAUCGAGAACCUGUCAUGGAAGGUGGAGAGGGCGGACAGUUAUGAGAGAGUAGAGGGGGAGCUCAAUGCCACUGAUAGAGGGGAUUUGGAAAAUCAGAUGCACAUUGCUGAACAGAAGAGACGCACACUGCUGAAGGACUUUCACGACACCUGAACGCUUGUCUGACAUGAUCUCAGCAUUUUGAUCUCUCUUCUGUCAUCCCCUCAUCCCUCUGCAUCUGUCCCUCGCUCCAAAGAUCCCCUCACCUCCCUAUCCUUCACUUCUGUUUCUUUUGUGCUGUUUCUCAUCUGUGUCUUUCUCUCAUUCACACCUUUUGUGAAUCUCUCUCUCUCACUCCCCUUGCCUCUCAGCUCCAGGGUUUCAGAAUAGCACGAUUGUGUCCUGAUUCAUGCCCCCCCCCCACACACACACACUUUUUUUUUUUUUUCUUUUCUUUUUUCUUUUUUUUUUUUUACACCUCCAUAUCAGCACACAAACACACACACAGUUUAAUACAUACACACAGUUUAAAACACUCCUGAAACAUGGACUACCUGCUGCUCUUCCAGCUAAUUUCUCCCAGUAAUCACUGUUUUUGUUUGGGUUUUUUUGUUUUUUUGUUUUUUUCUUUCAGCCUUUCUUUUUUUGCUUAUCACUCUGGGUUGAUUUUUAUUUUUCCUGAAAAUGGCUGUUGAUAGUUAGCUCAUUUAAAAAACAAAAACAAAAAAAAAAUCAAUGAAACAUGCUGUAAUUUUCAACGGUUGUACAUUAAUACAGAAAUAGUUACUGAGAGAAGGUUUUUAAACCAGA